AUGCUUGGACGACGUCCCUUCGUCGGCUUCAAGUAUCCUGGCGAUGUAGUUAUAUUCGCUUCAAGCAGCGCGAAGUUGCAAGGUAUCGUCGACAUUGUAUCGAAAUUAGCUGCAGCCUACGGUUUACGACUUCGCCUUGAUAAGUCUAAGCAGAUGUCGGAAACGUGGUUAGCGCCGUCGAUGAAGAAGUUCGACUGCAUUGAGAGGAAGCAGUUUAGACUGAGGCUACUUUCGGCCAGAUUCACACUGGAAAAGGACGAAAAGUGGACGUAA